UAAACAGGAAUUCCUGUUUGCUUCACGUAGCGGGCUUUUUUAAGCGAUCUAUCUAUAUAGAUUUUCAUUUAAGCGCGUAGAAAUAAUAUAUAGAAGAAUACAAUGUACUCUAUUUAAUAAUAAAAUACAGACAAGAUUGAUUAAAAAUAUCCGUGGCUAUCCUAAAUUAAUCUGUACAAAUUUUUCGAUUCGUCUGUUCGUAGUUCCAUACUGUAUUGGAAAAUUUCUUUACAAAUGUAACAAAUAAAGUUGUGAAAUCCACGUUGAUGUGUUGUCCUCGAUUCUCAAUUAAAAAAUGUUGAUUUGCAACUUAUUGCAGCCAAGUUGCGUUAUAACGUUGCGUUAUUGUUUAAACGCGAUUAUGUACGUACUUAUCUUCGACGUUGAUAUUGAUGACAAAUAUACUAUUUCGAUACCAUGUAUUAUUCAUACCACAGAGAGAUGUUGCUAUCGUAUCAAAAAGAACAUAAACACGCGUGUAUAUCGUUUGAUUUGAUAUUUUUGGAUUUUUUGUCGGAGGAUUGAUAUGCAGGGUUAUUCUACUGACCCUGAACGAAAUCAAACACAGAUAGAGGAAGAUUAUCCUAUUCUGAAAUCUUUCCUCGCGGGAUCGUUGUCUGGUACAUUCUCAACUAUUUUAUUUCAACCACUGGACCUUAUUAAAACCAGGCUUCAAAGCAAAGUAAAUCUUCAUCUUGACAAUCCGAGAAAUGGAACCUUGGGAAUAAUAAUUCAUAUAAUUAAGAAAGAAAAUGUAUCUGGUCUCUGGAGGGGUAUGACUCCGUCCAUUACCAGAGUUGUACCUAGUGUUGGAUUAUAUUUCUCAUCGUUGCACUGGUUAAAACAUACGUUACAAUUAAAAGACCCUCUCACACCUACAGAAGCAAUGUUAUUAGGCAUUACAGCAAGAUCUAUGGCUGGAGCUUUGCUGAUUCCAAUAACAGUAGUAAAAACACGUUUCGAGAGCGACGUCUAUAAAUAUAGUAGUGUUGGAGAAGCAUUGAAAUUAAUAUACAGACACGAAGGAGCGAGAGGACUUUGCAUUGGAUUAGUACCGACGUUGUUAAGAGACGCUCCUUACAGCGGCCUUUAUCUCACGUUUUAUACUCAAUUAAAGAAUGUCGUUAGUGAAACAGAUUUGCUCGGCAGUAAGCCAUCUCCUCCGAUUCACUUCAGCUGCGGAGUGUUAGCAGGAAUACUAGCUUCCAUCAUAACACAUCCGGCUGAUGUGAUUAAGACGAAAAUGCAAUUAUAUCCGAAUGAAUUUCGAGGCGUUCGUAAUACGGUUCUCAGGAUUUAUCAUAAGUAUGGCAUGAUGGAAUAUUUCAAAGGAAUCGUUCCACGAAUGUUGAGAAGGACGUUAGUGACAGCAAUGGCUUGGACCAUAUACGAGGAGGUUACAAAAAGUAUAGGGCUUAAUUGAGACAGUUCGUACGUACGGCGGAAUGAGACUCAAUCAAUCGAUAUACCACAUAUUUACACUUGUACAGUAUUUUUAAUCUGAACAAAAAGACAGUUCGAUUUUAGCAGACAAUUGUAUUAUAGCAAAUAUGUACAGUAUUCAAAUAGAACAUCCUAUCUCGCUCAGUAAUGUAUUAUUAAUGUAUAUUACUUAUUUAAUAAAUUUUAUAAUUUGUUAAAGAUUGUA